ACUUUUUUAAUUUUCUCGCUAGUUAUCAUCACUUUGCAUUUAGAAGUUAACAAAAACAGAUUAUCAUAACCGCCGCCGACCAGUUUCAUCGUAACUAAUCGUGAUCUACAUUUUGUCGGAGGAACAAAACAAUGUGUUACUAGGUUGUGUUCAACAAAACAAAAGAUGCAGGAUUCACCAAAUUCAACAACCGAAUUUCAAGUAGGCCAACGAGUACAUGCAUCUGGAGAUUCAACGCGAAUCGGAACAGUGAAGUAUAUUGGAAGUGUAGAAGGCUAUUCAGAAUCAUGGGUUGGAGUUGAUUGGGAUCAUGGAGAUGGUAAACACGAUGGAUCCAUCAAUGGUGUUCGGUAUUUUCAUGCUAAGAGUGAAACUUCUGGUUCAUUUGUUCGUCCCAAGAAUCUGUGUAAUGGGAUUUCGGUUUUAGAAGCUCUUGAAAAGAGAUAUCGAAGUAGUUCUACUAAAGAUGAAGAGGAUGAAAUGUAUGUACUUUCGAGUAGCAAUAAACGAGUUUCUAUUCAAUUAUUGGGUAAAAGUGAACUUGAUGAUAAGCUAAGUCGAAUUGAGGAGUUAACAAAUGCAUCAUUGGCAUUUAUGGGUGUUGGUUCCCCUGGAGUUUCAUGUCAGAUUAGUACUACAGUGCCAAACAUACAAGAACUGGAUCUGUCCGGGAACCUUCUUUCGGAGUGGAAGGAUGUUGGCAUCAUUUGUGAACAGUUACCUGCUCUGAAGGCUCUCAACUUAUCCUACAACUUAAUGUCACCAUAUAAAUCUGAGCUUCCAUUACUGAAAAGCAUCCGUGUUCUGGUUUUAAAUAAUACCGGUGUAGAUUGGGAGCAGGUUGAACUGCUUAGACAGUCAUUGACAACAAUUGAAGAGCUACAUAUCAUGGGAAACAGUAUAAGCAGAAUACUGCCUGUGUCAUCCUCUAUGGUUCGGGGUUUUGAUUCACUGCGACUGUUGAAUUUGGAAGAUAAUUGUAUAGCGGAAUGGAGUGAAAUCAUGAAGCUUUCUCAGCUAAGAUGUUUGGAGCAGCUUUACUUGAACAAGAAUUGUUUGAGUUCUCUCUUUUAUCCUGAUAAUGGUUCGCAAUAUUAUGAAUCAGAAGUUACGGGCUGUAAACCCUUUCAAAAACUGCGCUGCCUUCUGUUGGGUGACAACAACAUUAGUGAUCUGGCCUCUGUUGACUCGUUAAACUUGUUUCCUAACUUGGUGGAUAUCAGGCUUUCUGGAAACCCAAUAACUGAUGCUGUGAAAGGUGGGGUUCCAAGAUUUGUUUUGAUUGCUCGUUUAGCAAAAGUUCAGAUAUUGAAUGGGAGUGAGAUUACCUCUCGUGAAAGGAAGGACUCUGAGAUUAGGUAUGUUCGGCUUGUGGUCUCAAGGUUGCAUGCUAAUCCUGAAGAAAUCAAACAGCACCCCAGGUUUUCCGAGCUUAAGAAUUUUUACGAAAUUGAAGAUCAACCGCCUUCAAUUGGAACAACUGGUGGCCCACAAGCAAUUAGCUCAGGAUUCUUGUCUAUCACUCUGAAGUGUGUUGGAGCAUCCAUGGGUGAGAAAAAACCAUUGACAAAGAAGCUGCCAGCAACAACUACAGUUGGCAAGCUAAAAUUUCUCUGUGACAGCUUUUUUAAGCUGAAGUCCAUGAAGCUAAAUUUAUUUCUUCAAGAAGAGGGAUCUCCAUUGCCCUUGCUGCUUAACAAUGAUUCGUCAUCGCUUAUGGACCUUGGGGUUGGCAAUAAUUCAGUUCUCCUUGUAGACGAAGAUAGUUGAUCAAAAUGUCAAAAAAAUUAUGAUCAGCCUAGUAAACUUUAUACCGUUCUGCUUAGGUGCGAUUAAUCUUAUAGAAAAGUAUGACUUUAUAAUGAAGAACCUGUUAUGUUUAGUAGGUCAUAAAAUUUUGGUAAAUGUUUCAAUCAAACUUCUUAUUUUGGAACUUUGAUGCACUAUUUGAUCAAAGAUAGUAACUAUUAUGAAUGUAUAUGAAUGGUUAUAUUGUUUCUUAACAAAUAAAAGAAAUAGUACACAAUAUUCUCA